CGGGCUGAGUCUCGAAUGACGGCAUUGGUGACGAAAGCAUUGAUCAAGCUUCCACCACUUCAGCUAUAUAGGUACAAGACAAUUUCGUGGCCUUUGAAAGUUCCUGAAGCAGCUUCUGAUUAUUAUAGAUUGAACCUUUCGACUCGAUCACACUCGUUCAUGGCUGCAUCUGCUGUAGAAGAGAUUCUUCCUCCGCACCUGAAUUCUACUUCUGAACCGCCGCCGGUCUUCGAUGGAACCACUCGGUUGUAUAUCAAUGGCCAGUGUCCGUUUGCUCAGCGUGCGUGGAUUACCAGGAACUACAAGGGCUUACAUGAUGAGAUAAAAUUGGUUCCAAUUGACCUUCAAGACCGACCGUCAUGGUAUAAGGAGAAAGUGUACCCUGAGAAUAAGGUGCCGGCUUUGGAGCAUAAUGGCAAAGUAAUUGGAGAGAGCCUGGAUUUGGUUAAAUAUAUAGAUGCCAACUUUAAAGGACCAGCACUGUCACCUGAUGAUCCGGCCAAACAGAAGUUUGAUGAAGAGUUGAUAGCCUACUCCGAUACAUUCAUCAAGACUGUGUUCUCAUCAUUCAAAGGAGAUCCUAUUAAACAAGCAGGUGCUGAAUUUGAUUACUUGGAAAAAGCUCUCCAUAAGUUUGAUGAUGGCCCUUUUUUCCUUGGUCAGUUCAGUGAAGUUGACGUCGUUUAUGCUCCAUUUGUUGAGAGGGUUCAAAUCUUUCUUCAAGCAGAGUGGAAAUAUGAUAUUACAUCUGGCAGACCAAAACUAGCCAAGUGGAUUGAGGAGAUAAACAAGAUCGAUGCUUACAAGCCAACAAAAUGCGACGCUGACCAACUCGUGCCGCUCUAUAGAAGCCGAUUCUCGGCCUAAAGAUGAAUGGUGGUGCUACUCUGCUGCUACACAAAUAAGGAUCUAUCUUACGAUGAUGGGAUUUGCAGCUCCACAUACUUCAUUUGCUUUAAUGUGACAAUGUCUCUUGUGAACUCGAUCUUUAAGUAGUACGCGUAAACUGUGAAAGUGAAACCAAUAAGGUGCUGUAUGAAGCUCCAUUGUCCAUGUCCAACAUUCCUCCCCCACAUCCUGUACUUUAAUCAUCUUUUGGUGUGUUUUGUUCAUCAAUAUAUCGAAAUCUUCGUCCCAAUUUACAGCAA